AUGGCGCAAGUGGCAGACAGUCAUUAUUUUCCUCCUUUGGAGGAAUGCCUGAAUGGAGACACCAUCAUUAUCUCCUGGAAGCUCAUUGCAGUUGCGCUUUCAGACAAAGACGACGCGAGACGGAAGAGCGAGGCUGUCGUACAGUUUCUUCAAGACAAUUACGUGCGAUCCCUUAUAAAAGACCCAGCGACCGCCUUUGCGCCGCCGGGCGAUUCUACCAAAUCCAACUUUGAGACAAGGACAGCCGCCAUACACGUCACCCCCCAGCCGAACGAGAAAUUCGACAUCAAGGUAAUCAAGGAGGAUGCACAAUGGCUUAGUAAGAAUGCCAAAGUCAACCUCAUCGCUGCGCUUCGAGCGACAGUGGUUGAGUUCCAGAUGCGGCCAGCAAGCCACCUGACAGGAACACUUUCCUCUCAGGACAUAAUAAACCUGCAGGAAGCUUCGGGAGUUGCGAACAUCCAAUCAUCUGCUUUGGUGCCUAUUGCCGGUGCCGCGCAGGACGCAGAGACGAUUUGGGCCGACUUCGAGAAGGAAGAGUCGAGGCGACAACGGAUCUUCCAAACGUACCUUUCAGAAAGACGUCAUUUCCUGAUGACUGCCGCAUUGGUCCAAGAGACCGUGCUGUACACCCAGCCUUCGGCGCCAGCAUCUAUAACGGUCGACAAGCCAUCAAUGCAGACGCAACUGAUCGCAGCGAACGAUCGUCCGAAAUACCUCGACAAUCUCCUGACGACGUAUCUACAAUAUGUCACUGAAGCCAUUGGUCGGCUUGCCGAGGGUCUUGACGCAGUUGUUGAGGAUAAGAACUUGCUAGGGGACGAACUCGAGUUGGAGUGGAUGAGGACAGCCCUGACCGAAGUUGUCCAUGCUUUGACGGUUGUCUUUCAGUCUAUCGAUGGCAAUGGGGAUGCGUUUGUACCCUCUGCUGUGGUCGGUCAGUGGUUCACCCUCAUGGAAAACUACGGAUUCCUGAACGGGAUAACGGCGCCAACUGAUAUGAUCGCUUCUCUGAUCAUGCCCCUGAGGUCUCUCAUUUGUGCCAUCUCAAUUAAGCUCUUAAACCCCUCGAGGUCCAUAGAAUGUCUCUCGGAAGAAGCACCAGAGUACCGAGGAGAUGAGGACCCCUAUAUUACUGCACCCGCAGUGCUUGAACAGGUGCACAACGCAAUCCUGGCAGCGGCGAAUGCCGACUGUGAAAGUCAAAGCCCCGUCAUCUUUGCUUGGACUGUCGUUGUCCACCGCAUGUUCUACUCGCACCAUGACCGAAUCGAGAAGCGAGAUGCUCUCCAGAACCAGCGAUCACAGGAGACAUUUGAGGCCGGUGUGCUAAUUCGACCUACUCCCAGUCGCCGGCUUUCCGCAGGAAGUAUCGUCUCUCUUGAUGGCAAGUCAUUCGAUAUCUUUCUUAACAAUGCGGGGCUCGACAAAGACCUGCAGGUUGUGGAACAGCUUGCGGUGGCCGUCACGUCCAACGGACGAGCCUACGAAGUGCUUUCUGAGAUGGCACUUGCUAUUGGCGGCUCCAGCGACGGAGCCUUCUCGUCGCUUUUGAGCUCUAGGAUCCGACUAGCCUAUGUCGACUUUCUCAAGGCUACAUACCCGCUUGUUGGAUACCAGUCAGAGUCGGUCACCUCUCUCCUGUCUGUACUUGGGGCCGGUCGGCAGUACUGGGACCUUUCCAGGCCCGCGCUUCACCCCUCAAAUGACAUUUUGGCCGAGUUUCUCCAGGACGCUACUGCCAUGGAAUACUACUUCCAUCAGGCCUUGAACCGGUACCCUUUCGAACUCUUGCCGUUCCUCAAUAUUUGCCGGACUUUGGCCCACUGUGUAGUUGCAGAUGACCGGAUGGAUACCGUGGUUAACUUACUACGCAAAACUCCAACCCUCACCUUCAUUCUUCCCGACGACUAUCAGCAAUAUGAGCUGGCCCAGGAGGAGGACAACACCAACACAUUCUAUCUUCUUGAAGACAUUCCACUGUUCACACCGGCUACGGCAUGGAAUCGGAGGACCCGUCAUGAUGAUGCUUUUAGGAUACCAGCGGAAACAGUCGGACGCUUUGUUACAGACACGGGCCGCGUUGUUCUCAUGGAAUACGAGCACUCUGCCCUUGCCCUCCUUGGCAAGAGACUGGAAGUCCAACUUGCACCUGAGACUUACCGCAGCGAAUUGGAUGCCUUCCAGCCUGAGGAGACUGCGGAGACGAUCGCGCUGUUUGCGGUUCUGCUCCGCGCCGAGGUGCUCAAGUCUGAGAAGCAAGGCCUGAGCGGUGAAACAUCGCUAAAGUCAGGAUUGGAUUUGCUGGAGGAGAUUGGCAAGCACAUUUCUGGAAACAAAGACCUUGUCGCAGUUGUGUGCGAGACCAUGGAUGCCUAUAUGCAAGAUGAGAAAGCUACGGAAGGUCAAGGCAUUGCGGUCCUCAACUCGUGCGUCCAGUUCCUGCAUGCAAUCCUGCCGUUGUGCCCAACAAGAGUAUGGUCCUAUCUGGCGCGUUGCGAGCUGCUCAACUCAGAAGCUCAAGCAGGCAAGCUUGCAAAGAUGACCGGUAAUCUCGACCUCGUCGGGGACCGAUAUGAACUCCUUCUUUCAGCUGUGCGUCUUUUCGCCAGUCUUAUUGACAGUGUUAAAAGUAGCGCUGUUCAGCGUAAAUCUGGCAACAAGCUGGUUGGACGUCAAAAGGUUUCCAAUAACGUUUGGCUGGGUGUGGCAGACAAGGUGCUCGGCAAGGUCAGUCUUGCCAUUGCCCAGGCCGCGGUCGAUGUUUUCGAGACUUCGUCGACUUGGCGAUUCGGGUCGGAGCUGCACAAGACAUUGCUCAUUCGCCAUGUCGUCCCUGUCAUGGACCACGUUAUUCUGCAUACGUACGGAAUGGGUGACCGAGAAAGUUCAGAGACGCUUACAGCGUGCUUGGAGCCUGCGGCGUCCUACAUUAUUGACGCUUUCCUCUCGCCGUCCACUGGUUCUCUGAGGUUUCAGCCGCUUCUCACUACAUUGGUGAACGGUCUUCAACUGCCUGACUCGACAUUGUACCAAGGCAGACUGGCUUCUGCACAGGAGCAGCUUGUUUCGGCUUUGCAAUUCACAACAACGCUGCUGCGGGUUGCGAACUACCUCGAGCGAUCCUCGGAGAUUUUUGAGGACCACCUCUUCAAGACGUCGUCGAUUCUAGCAAGACUUUGCGCCAUCUGCGAGCAGUUUCGGCGGCCAGCACUGUUACUUCUCGAGGCGUUGGUCCUAAGUGCUGCCAAAGCACAUGAUGACCCCCCCUCACUAUUGGGCUAUCUUGGCCCUCUCCUGUCUCGGUCGUUCAUCCAGGUUCUGUCGCGACUAGAUAAGCCUUUCCUCGUUGCUGAGGAUGUGCAGACAACAUGGAAGUUCUUCUCCACUAUCGUCCAGAAUCGUCAGCAAUGGCUAUCCAACUGUCUCUUGACGGGCAAGACACCCAGAGAUGCCCUCAAAGGCGCCAAGAAGGACGCCUCUUCCACACCCAACUCAGUACUCGCAACAGCCUUCACCAAGCUCAAGAAUAUCAAAGAGCUGGAUAUUGAUGAGGCACUGCGAAUCCUGGACUUUGUUGCAUCAUCCCAAAAUCAUUGGCCUUGGACCAUCUUCACCAUGCAAAAGGACUCAUCUUUCUUGGACUCUUUGCGCCUGUACGUCAAGGAUCUCAGCAGCUUCACUGUAACCAGCAAAACAGAUGCUGUAAAGGCCGCCAUCGACGCCAAGAUGGCUGCUUACAUUGCUGAAAUCUUUGCCAUGCAGCUCUACCACCUGCGCCAGAUGGCUGGUGCCGACACAUUUGCUAAAAGCUUAGUAGCCGAUCUGGACUACUAUCUUCGAGACGGCGUCGAGGUUUCGAGCUACAAUAACUCGCUGCACAGCAACUUUGCCAAGAACUUUACGAGCAAAUACCCAGGCGUCUCGCUUGAGGCUUUCAAGCGGACCGCGCUCAGACCGGGCGAGCUUGGAAGAAGCUAUUUCUACGAUCUGGAGAGCGCGACUGAGAUGUUGAGUUUCGACCCUGGCUGGCACGGCCGCCGCAACAAUGGUUUCCGCCACGAGAUGGAAAUCGCUAAUGCGAAUCUCUCCCUCGUUGAUGCGCAAAUUUCCUUGUUCCACGCUUGGGAAUUCCUAUUGCUUGAGCUCAGCAGCUCCUUGCCAGAUAACGACAAUAUUGCCAAGCAGAUGCUCCAGGUUGCUCAGCAGUGCCUCGAGGCAAACCGGUCCAAUCAGGGUCCCGAGAACAUAUUCAUGCGCAUCGUUGAAGAGCGGGCUGACCUGAGCCUGCUGCUCGUCCAGCGUCUUGUUGGCAGGCCUAUCUCGUCUCACGACGUCAACCAGAUUCUAGGGACGUUGUUCACUAUCAUCAGUGCCGUCGAGGAACCCUUCAGCCCUGGAUCCAUUUCGUACUACCGCACGAUGCUCAAGACCAUCUAUGUCACGCUGCGCGCAUACAGCGUCGCCGACAAGAAGGGUCUCGGGACUUCGAAGAACGGGGGGGAGGGAUUUUCCGUCACCUUGACCCAGACUGUUCUCAACGUCCUUGACCGCGUUGUUGCUAAGGGCUUCAGAACACUCGUCGCGCUUGUGCACGACUCUGAAGCUGCUGUUGCACCCGAAGACCUAGCUCUGCUCACUGCUCUUCUGCAAGCCUGCCUCAACAUGCCAAUGAUGGAUCAAUGUCAGACACAGAUCCUCAAUAUCAUGGCAUCAUACGACGCCAUGCACGCAGCAACGUCGCUGUUCUCGUGGGCCGAUAAACUUGCCAUCAAUGGCGAUCCUAUAUACGGCGAGCUGAGUUUGUUGUUCUUGCUUGAGCUCUCGACCCUCCCGGCGGUGGCAGAACAAAUGGCUUGUGAUGGCCUGCUCAGCCACCUGACUUCAGCGGGCAUCACUAAUUUCAUGCGCCGUGGCAACAUUUCUCCAUUUUCGGAAGCCAUUGGACCGCAAAGGUGCUACAGCAUUUGGGUGAAAGGUGUCUUGCCCCUGCUGCUGAACCUCCUGACCGCUCUGGGCGGCACCGUCGCGCCUGAGAUAGGCUAUGUUCUGAACCAGUUCCCUCUGCUUCUGAAGUCGAGCAUCGAUCGUUUCGAGGCCCCUGGCGCGAGCCGGACCGCAUCACGAGAAGCACCUCACUAUGUGACCCUUCUAUCCGUCGCAGAGGUUCACUCGCUUGCGCUCUUGACAAGAGUCAUUGCCGCUCUACGGACAGCCAACACCAGAGACAUCCCGGAGAUACAAUGGGAUGCUAGCUCGCUCUUAGAAAACGUCGACUUUUGGUUAUCGAGUCGAAAGCUGUUGCGAGACAGACUCUUGCCGCUCGGACAGCGCGAGGUGGAGUGGAAGAGCACCAAGAUUGGUACGGCUGACGAGAGCGGGCAACCAGGAAACGUCCUGGAGAGCAAGGUGCUCUCGCAAUUGGAGGCGGUCAGGGAUGUGCUGAGCGAAGACCUGGAGGAGUCUUGA